AUCAUGUUGGGUACUGUUAUGAUGAAAGCUAUGUUGUAUCAUGUGUUUGUAUUGUUAUGAUGAAAGCUAUGUUGUAUCAUGUGUUUGUAUUGUUAUGAUGAAAGCUAUGUUGUAUCAUGUUGGGUAUUGUUAUGAUGAAAGCUAUGUUGUAUCAUGUUGGGUAUUGUUAUGAUGAAAGCUAUGUUGUAUCAUGUGUUUGUAUUGUUAUGAUGAUUGGUAUUUGUCUCCUGUACAUGUUGUUUUACUACAGGUGCUGUUGAAGUCAUGGGGACAGACAACAUCCUAACCUUUUCUGUGCUGUGUGUCUUCUAUGCUUUGACUCUGAGUGUGGAUACAAAGACGGUCAGUUUCCCUCUGCAUGGUCUAAAAUCCAACAUCCCUUUAAACAUGGCUCCAGACUCUGUUGAUGACUCCUACAAGGGCUGUGAGGAUAAGAUGCGCGGGAAGGUGCAUGACUAUUACCUGCCAAAAGAGAGAGGAGAGAACAAAGAUUUCAACCAGGCUUGGACUGCUGCUGAGGACCAUUACACAAAAAAAGGAAAACUGUCUAAAAACUAUUCCCUGGCAAUCCAGGUGUAUGUGACUGAAUACUCCCAAAUGUUCAAGUCAUUCAACGAGGCCACUCGUACUCAAAAGAAGAGCUACAGCACAACAUUCCAGUACCACUCCCUGCACUUCCUUCUGACCAAUGCUUUACGAAUCCUGAACAAGAAAAAUAAGCGUUUCCAAACCUUCCGAGGAACCAACGUGUCUUUCCACGGAGUCCGAAAUACUGAAAUGCGAUUCGGACAGUUCACCUCGAGCUCUUUAGACAAGAAAAUCGCUGGUGAACGCUUUGGAAAUCGCUCCUGUUUUGAGAUCACCACCUACUUUGGUGCCCCGCUGGGGGAGUACGCAUCUCAGAUGGCUCAUGAGAAGGAGGUGCUGAUUCCCCCCUACGAGGUGUUCAGAAUUACAGAGGUGCUGAAGAGAAAAGCCAAGAAAGACCUCUGGUGUGACGUCGUCUACAAAUUGCAGAGUACUAAGAAAGGAAAAAGUGACCUGAAAUGCCAGAUGGUUGGACCACUCCAAGGAGAGUAAAAUCAAAACAGCAACACAGCUGUGCUGCUUUCAGUCAAAUAUGAAAUGCAGUUUUUAGUGCAACACCUGGCUUCCCCAUCCACCAUCGCUCCCUCCCACAAAUACAGGAAAGAUUUCAAAUAGUAUUUGAACCCAGGUCUGGUCAUAUAUUGCAUUUACUGUAACUAUAUUUACUGUAGCAUUAACUGUAACUAUAUUUACAUUAACUAUAUGUACUGUAGCAUUUACUGUAACUAUAUUUACUGUAGCAUUAACUGUUACUAUAUUUACUGUAGCAUUAACUGUUACAAUAUUUACUGUAGAAUUUACUGUAACUAUAUGUACUGUAGCAUUAACAGUUACUAUAUUUACUGUAACUAUAUUUACUGUAGCAUUUACUGUAACUAUGUGUACUGUAGCAUUAACUGUUACUGUGCCUACAUGGAAAAAUGUAUUAUCUAAUGUGGUGUAAUUUAGAGUUAAUUAUGUUUUUAUCAUACAUUUUCAGCAUUUGCCCUGUAGCAUCAAUAAAGCAUCAUUGAGCCUGAUUAAAGCAGUUCAAUGGUUUUCAAAGAC